GGUUUGGGCCGGCGGAUGUGACGUCGACAGCGGCGACCAGAGGCGGAAACUCUUGUGAGGGGGGCGAGGCUGUUCGAGGAGUCCGUUUUAAUGAAGAACCUCGCGGGCGGCGUUAAGGCCAGCGUAGGUAUCGAGGCGUAAGCCGCUUUGUGAGGCCUUCCCGAAAAGUAAUAUAUAAAUAUUGUAGAGAAAUGGCAAUAAAUUGAAUAAAUAAGCUUUCAUGAGCUAUAGGCCACUUUUUAUGAGAAACAUGAAGUGAUGUAUCCGAGUGUGUAGGUGCGUGUUUACGGCUAGCAUAACAAGAGCAGUUGGGAAUCUGCUGAGGGGAUCGGUUCACCUCUUCCUCUACCCUCUUUGGCCCAAUAUGAAUCGGCACAUUGUAAUCAACUACACGUCCGCCACGUUAGGUGACUAACUUUAAGUACCUGGCAAAGUAGGUUGUGACCCAUGGAAGCUUAUUGGAGGAAUCUGCACAGGAGCGAAGAGGAGGAGAUCUCAAAAGCACGUUCAGGAAAUUACAGUGAAGCCCAAUUUCAUUUUUAAGUAGCAGGACUUACUCAGAGGUAAGAAUUCGCCCCUCUCCUUGUACAUUUCUUUUGGGGCAGAGAUCCUGACUUUGUCUUAAACUGAAGUUCCCUAUUACAAAAAGAAGAAAAGACCAACUAAGUUUUUUAUUGGUAUGAGCUUUCACGUUCACGCACACUUCUUCUGAUACAGUGGUACCUCUAGAUACGAAUGGGAUCCGUUCCGGAGCCCCGUUCCUAUCUAGAAGUAAACGUAACUAGCGACGGCACGUCUGUGCACGCACGCGUCGCUUUUCGCCGCUUCUGCGCAUGUGCGUGAUGUCAUUUUGAGCGUCUGUGCAUGCGUAAGCAGCAAAACCCGGAAGUAACGCACGCCGUUACUUCCGGGUUGCCGAGGAGCGCAACUCAAACGUGCUCAACUCGAAGCAUCUUCAACCCGAGGUAUGACUGUACACUGAAACAGAAGUCAGAAGACCCUUAUAUAUAGUGAGAGGGUGGGAAGGGGUAUUACUCAGAAGGGUGGUGGGAGUGGGUGAUUAUGUUCAAACCCUGUUUUGUGUCAAAUAAUCUGCUUAUUAUCCUGGUUAGUUAACCAACAUUAUGCUGGUUUGUGUGCCGCCGGAAAUUCUGCUUUAAAACAAGCCCUGUGAGGGAGAGGAGUGUGGCGGGGUGUGGGAAGGAAUAUACCAGCUCAGAAUUGGUUUCCAGCUUCAUAAACUGGUUUGUGGGAUGUACAUCUGAACAAAGCCAUUCAAUCAAAUGCCCCUCAAGAAGAACCAUACUAUUCUAAAUGCAUUAGUACUUAAUGCACUGUUUUUAGGGCACCUUGGGAGUCUUUACUUCUCUUUAUUUAAACAGUAGCAUAUAUUGUAUCUCGAUAAACUUGCUAAUUUUUAAGGUACCAUAAGACUUGUUAAUACAUGUAGGAAUUCACGUUAAAUCUUAGUAUACUCGGAGAAGAGUAUACUAAGUGAACAGUUUCUUCAACAGUUUUCAAUAUGUGUAGCAUUAUUCCGUAAUAUAGGGACACGGGUGGCGCUGUGGGAUAAACUAGAGAGCCUAGGACUUGCCAAUCAGAAGGUCGGCGGUUUGAAUCCCCGUGAUGGGGUGAGCUCCCAUUGCUCAGUCACUGCUCCUGCCAACCUAGCAGUUCGAAAGCAUGUCAAAGUGCAAGUAGAUAAAUAGGUACCGCUCCGGCAGGAAGGUAAACGGUGUUUCCGUGCACUGCUCUGGUUCGCCAGAAGUGGCUUAGUCAUGCUGGCCACAUGACCGAGCUGUAUGCCGGCUCCCUCGGCCAAUAAAGCGAGAUGAAUGCCACAACCCCAGAGUCGGUCACGCCUGGACCUAAUGGUCAGGGGUCCCUUUACCUUUACUAUUGCGUAAUAUAUGUGAAUUAGCUUUUAGAAUGCUUCAGAUUUGAUAUAGAUGCUAAAUGUUAAUUUGCUAUUCUUUGCUUAUUUUGCCCUCACAAAAACCUCAGUUUGAGAGGGAAUAGCUUUUCCAAGGAUGCUUGGCUAAUAGCAAUGAGAGAAAAUAGUUUUCUCACUUCAUUUUAAAGACUUACAAGGAUUCAUCACUAAUAACUGAUUUGCAGCUCAUGAGGAAUUCAGAUUUGCUGUAUGUACACCAGUGUUAGUUGCCUGUAAAUACUUUCAUACAUGUGCCAUAAACUGUGAUUGUGUUGUAUAGUGUAGGGCGUGUGUCAUGCUUUCUUGCUUUAUGGCAUGAAUAAGACAAGGCAAACUGUUCCCACAUGUCAGAAACGAAUUGGGCCUUUUGGGUUGUGGUGCCAAGCCUCUGAAAUACCCUUUCUCUUUCCGUCUGGGGGGGGGGGCUAUGCCUUAUGACCUUUGGAAAGAGGUUGAAAACAUUGUUCUCCAAAGCUUUUAAUGAAACCGAGCACUGUUUCUUACUCUGACAUCGUUCGUUGUUUCUUUCAAUUGUUAAUUGUUUUAACUGUUCUUACCUUGCUUUUUGUGAUUUUAUGAGGCAAGAUCAAAAUACUUCAAAUCAGGAUUAGGGAUCAGCUGGUCAGCCCCAAUCACCAUGGCCAAUGGUUACGGAUAAGGGAGUUCUAGACCAAGAACAUUUCGGCAGACAUAGGCUUUCCUCAUUCCUGCUUUAGAUCAAUAACAUACAUUUGUUGCAACAUUGUGAAUUAGCCUUGAGCAUGAUUUUUAAACUGGGGUUCCUGAAUCCAAUCUUAGAAUCAUAGAGUUGAAAGAGACCACAAGGGCCAUCGAGUCCAACCCCCUGCCAAGCAGGAAACACCAUCAGAGCCCUCCUGACAUAUGGUGGUCAAGCCUCUGCUUAAAGACCUCCAAAGAAGGAGACUCCACCACACUCCCUGGCAGCAAAUUCCACUGUCGAACAGCUCUUACUGUCAGGAAGUUCUUCCUAAUGUUUAGGUGGAAUCUUCUUUCUUGUAGUUUGGAUCCAUUGCUCCGUGUCCGCUUCUCUGGAGCAGCAGAAAACAACCUUUCUCCCUCCUCUAUGUGACAUCCUUUUAUAUAUUUGAACAUGGCUAUCAUAUCACCCCUUAACCUCCUCUUCUCCAGGCUAAACAUGCCCAGCUCCCUUAGCCGUUCCUCAUAAGGCAUCGGUUUCCAGGCCUUUGACCAUUUUGGUUGCCCUCCUCUGGACACGUUCCAGUUUGUCAGUGUCCUUCUUGAACUGUGGUGCCCAGGACUGGACACAGUACUCCAGGUGAGGUCUGACCAGAGCAGAAUACAGUGGCACUAUUACUUCCCUUGAUCUAGAUGCUAUACUCCUAUUGAUGCAGCCCAGAAUUGCAUUGGCUUUUUAGCUGCCACGUCACCCUGUUGGCUCAUGUCAAGUUUGUGGUCAACCAAGACUCCUAGAUCCUUUUCACAUGUACUGCUCUCAAGCCAGGUGUCCCCCAUCUUGUAUUUGUGCCUCUCAUUAUUUUUGCCCAAGUGCAAUACUUUACAUGUCUCCCUGUUAAAAUUCAUCUUGUUUGUUUUGGCCCAGUUCUCUAAUCUGUCAAGGUCGUUUUGAAGUGUGAUCCUGUCCUCUGGGGUGUUAGCCACCCCUCCCAGUUUGGUGUCAUCUGCAAAUUUGAUCAGGAUUUACUGGUGUCCCAACUAUAUCUUGAUGUUGAUUCCAGGGCUGAUAUAGAAUUGGUUCCUGUUCAGCAAGGAAAUUAAUUUUAGUUAAAAAUAAGCAUGCACACCACAAAUAUGUUGUGCAAUCCUAUGCUUUUUAUUUAGAAGUAUGUCACCCUGAACUAAUCAGGGCUUACUUUCUAGCAAGUUUGUUGAGGAUUGCAUUAUUAGUUCUCUUAAGCUAAGGUCCUUUCACUGUGAACAUGUUUAAAUAUGCUCUCCCUCCUCCCCAACUGUGUUUUCUUUGAACCGUUUUCCAUGUUAUAGAAGAUGCUCUGUGAGUUUCUACAGUGUAAGUGACUUUUGACUGUUUACCCUUCAUAGCACUGGGUGGGCUUUGGAAACGCUGGGGUCUGAUGUGACUGCUGUUCUCAGAAUAGCAACAUGCCCCAAGGCAGCAAACAGGUUUCUCUUCGUUUUAUAAGCAACAGCUAAUUUUGCAUGAAUAUGAUUAAGUGUUAGUAAGGGCAGGUUAACUGUCAAUGCGUGGGGUUUUUGUCAUUUAUUUUGGAGCCUUAGGGCAGUAAAACAAAAAGUUAUUUUGCCUCAAGCCACUGUAGUCAGAGAAGACUUAAGUUCUGGAGAAUCCUCGUUGUAUUGAUAUUUGUCACUUCAAUGCAAAUGUCUGCUUUUCAUUUUUCUUUCUUUCUUUUUUAAAUAGUUAAAAUUCUUUUUUUUACACAAGGUUAGAGAGCUCCCAAGACAGUCUUGUUUGAACAUACCACAGGUAAAAGAUGCAUUAAGGAAGAUCUUAAGAUUUUGCUUGUUGGUUAAACUUUAUGAAAUUCUACCCACUGGAGGCCUUAUGAACCCUCAGUGGUGCUUUUCUUUUGAAGCAGCUUGUGCAAUACACUUUUGCUUUUGAAAAAUGUAAGCUGGAUCCUGUGCCCAUUUAUCCACCAGAGUAAUUACGUAUCUGUGUGAGUUCUGAAGUAUGGAGGGCAUAUGCCCCAAAGGCAGCGUGACCUUGAGGUGCUUUCAUAUUGCUUGUUAUAUUUUCAGCUCUCCAGGAAAGCUUUAGCUCAGUUCUUCAGAACAGCAUUUUGAUUGCGGUGAGAAAUUUGAAAACAAGAUGACAGUGUGUCUGAAAAGCAUGGUGACAAGUAAUCAAACCCCAUUCAUUUUACUUUCUCUUCCUUUUAAUUUUGUGCACACUUCAUUACUUUUAAAAGCAUUCCAUUUGAAAGGGUGCAAGUAGUCUUUAUUCGUGAAAUGAAUGGGGUGUUGUGCUUGCAGAAGGAUGUACGGCUAAAAUGUUCAGCAUUUGCUUAGAAGAUUGUAUGUCAUAUUGAAGAGGGCUAAAUAUGUAUUGGGUAAAAAAAAAGAACUAGAAUUUAAUUUCAUUGAUGGCUGUAGAGAAAUGGCUCAAAACUAAUGUUGGUCCAUUCUUACGACUUGCACAUUGUUCUUGUUAAUUAUAGUCAGGUGGUGCCAAUGCCAGAUAGUGUUCUCCACUACCCGCAAUAAAGUUAUUUGGAUUGGUUUGGAUUGGUAGAUGGAGGAAGGCAGGUAUGCCUACAGAAGGGUAGCUGAUUAAUCUCAGUCUCGUUUCCUGCCCAUGCUGUUGGCUUACCUGAACAUAAUUAUCGUUGCCGUGAGAAUAAGCUUUUUGGUUCCUGUUGCAGACACCUGUUAAUUUUGUGCUUUAUCUUCACUAAGUUAGAGUGAAACGAAGUUUAUUCCUGUUGUAUUUUGUUUUGCUAAUGCAGAAUAGAACAUUACACGUCUGCAAAGAUGAAAAGAAAAGUGGCCAAAGCUGUGGGACUUAGACUUAGUCCUAAUGAAGAAGCUCAGCUGCUGAAAGAAGAACAUGAAAGGAGAAGGAAAUUAAGGUUACAGCAGGUGUGUUUGCAUUGUUGGGAAUGGUUUUCCUUUAGGCCAGAGUUUCCCAAGCUUGGGUUUCCAGACUACAGGUCCCAUCAUCUUUGACCACUGGUCCUGCUAGCUGGGGAUGAUGGGAGUUGUAGUCCCAACAACAGCUGGAGACUGUUGAGAGAAGAGCUGUCCGUUGUGUCACCAAGACACCAGAGCACUUCAGCCACAUAUACUUUCCCACUCAGGAGCAAAAAAGGGUAGAGGGAACUUGACUACAGUGUUGCUGAGGUGUCAGCUACACAAGGUCAAAUUAGCUAGGGAUGAUAGGAGUUGUAGUUCCAAAACAUCUGGAGGGCCGAGUUUGCCUAUGCCUGUUCUAUUUCCUUGUUGCUGGCCCUCAUUUCACAGGUGCCCUAUUUGUCAAGAAGCAGAUAGCGGUCUAGCAUAGUAAAGCAAGUGGGUUUAAGUAAGGUGAACAAAGAAUUCAAGUAAAAUAACAAUUUAAAAAGAAGUCUGCAGUCCUCUACAAAAUAUAAAAUCAUCAACAAAUAUAUUUUUCCCUCCAGGUUAGAGAGCAGGAGAAGAAUAUUGCUUUGCAGAUAAGGCAAGAUGUUAAGCAGAGAAGAGAUGAGCAGCUGCAUCAUUUGGCAGAAGAACUGAAAGCAGAGUGGCAAAGAGCACAAGAUGAAAAGAUUCAUGCCUUGGAAAAGCUUUAUCUGUCAAGCUUAAGAGCUAUAGGAGAAGGGCAUAGACAAGCAAAGGAAAAUGUAGGUAAAUUAUGGCUGUGAUACUAUAGCAACCAAGACUUUCUGCAAAUAUCUACUCAACUGACUGAAAUUAGAAAAGCUGUAUAUUUUACUAAUAUAUAUGUAAUCGUGUACUAAUAAAACAAGUUGGCAGGUGUUUCUAUUUUCUUACAUCUGUAUAUGUGAAGGAAGACAUAUGGAAAUUUAGACUCUAUGAAUUUAUGUGCCAUACAUUUAAACAUGCAAAUGGAGCAAAAUAAGGCAAAUAGUUAAAUGUUGGGCAGGUGUAAAAAGAUGGUAGUACACAGCUGUGCUGCAGGCUUCAGUUUUGUUUGUCAAGGGGGGGUGGCACUACUUAAUCUGUUGAUAAUCGAAGUAUGUUAAAUCCUAGGAUAAGUGGAGCUGUGAAAUUGUUCAACUUGUAUAUUGAAGAGGCAGCUAAUGACAAAUUAGUGGAUUUGAAAUUUAUAAUGAUCAUUGGAACCUUUGAAAGUGAAUGAAUGGGGAAAUGGUGUGGAACGCUGAUAUUUACAAAGAUGCUCCCAUACUGAGAAUAAACCUUGCCCUUUUAUCAGUGCAAAAUAUUAAUGCCAUCAGCAUUUUGAUCAUUAAACGUCCACUUAAAGUGAAGCAAGUACUUAACAUAGCACCAUCUAUAGAGACAAAGAAAAGGUAUUAGAGUAAAAUUCCAAAACUUUCAAUGGAAUUAGAAAAUUCCAUUUUACUCAUAAGUUGAUACAGUAGCUUUACUCUGGUGGGUCCUGCUUCAGUAGCAAUGAGUAUAGACCCAGUCCUGGUGGAAAGGCAGCCAUUAGAGCUAACACUAGCUCCACAGCACAUUUUGAUGGCAAAAUUAUUCCUUAGAUUGAGCCCCUGCAAACAUUUUCUCUUAAAAGCUGGCACAAAGACAGGUCAUGACAUCUGCACAAAAGGGAAGUUUACCUGACGUCUUAGAUACACUUUAAAGCUGUUUGAAUUAAAAUUCUGAUGUUAAUUUGUUUCUAUGACAAUCGUUCAACAUAUACAUUUAAUCUCAAAGGAACCGGAUUUGGAGGCUCUGGCCAAGCUGGCAAAGGAAAGGAAACAAAGAGCAGAAAAGAGGCAUAAGGAAGCGCUAAAGGAGCAGAAAAAUAAAAAAGAGAAGUUGCUGAGGGAGCAAACAAGGUAAAUUGUACAUAAAAUGAACCUUCACUGCUUUAAUGUCCCAAAGUCUCUUGCAUGUGUGCAUACGUAGGGUUGCACCUGGGUUCAUGCGUUCAAGCUUUCUAGCCCCCUGCACAGCCCAAUAGUGUCUCUUGAGUUGGGGCUGCAGCAGAAGGCUGAAUUGUUAAAGGGGGAGGGCAUGGGGCUGCCUUGUUUUAGCAUGUGCCUUUCUGCUUACUCGUACUUUUGGCAGAACUUCUCAGUAAUUAUUAGGAAUUGCAUUUUCUGAAGAAUAUUACGGCUGUUGUUUUUGGAGGGUUUUUUUUUGGUUUUUUUUUGCAUUUCUGAUAGAUUUCAACACAAGAAAAAAACAAAACAUAAACCCCCAAAAGUAAUAGGGAGGAAAAAUUACAUAUUACAUAUUCUAUUACAUUAAAAAACAACAACGAUCAUUGAUGGACUUCCCUUCCUGUCCUUCCAUGGUUCCUUUUAACUUCCGCUUCCUGAGAUACUCCUUAUAGCCCAAUCCUAUGUGUUUUCAUUCUGCAUUAUGACUUGCUGAAUUCAUUGACGCUUGCGUGCAGUUGUGCAUGGAAUUACCAUCCUAACAGCAUUGGAUUUCUGUUUUGGUCUAAGGACUGCAGUAGCUGUGCAUUUAUUUAUUGCAUUUAUUUUCCCCACCUUUUGUCAUAGAGCUCAAUUGGUGUACAUAGGUUCCCUCCUGCCCAUUUUAUCCCCGUAACAACCCUGUGAGAUAGGUUAGGCUGAGAGUGAGUGACUGGCCCAAGGUCACACAGUGAGCUUCAUGGCUGAGUGAGGACUUGAAACCUGGUCUCCUAGGUUCUAGUCUGACACUCUAACCAUUACUGGCUCUUGUCUACAGACUAGCCUUCCCCAACCUGGUGCCCUUCAGAUGUUUGUGACUACAACUUCCAUAAUUUCUGUUGGCCAUGUUGGUGGGGGUUGUAGCCCAAAGCAUGUGGCAUAGACUAGCCUAUUCCUUUUUGUGGGAAUUGGAAGGACAACGUAACAAAGGGAACUGAGUCAAAAUAACCUGCAGGGCAUUGUGGGAAGUUGCAUUCUGCCCUCUGGUUCUCACCCUUUUUAAAAACACUUGUCACUGAGUUGGAUAACAGCCUACUGCCUCUUAGUUUUAUUCUUGAAAUUCAGUAUAUAGCCAACUAAUAAAAAUAUUGAUGUUUUACUAUUUGUUUGAUUUAACCAUGCACAAAAUCUGAUUUGAAUGUCUUAUUUCUUGCUUUCCCCCUUCUAAACAAGGAGAGCAAACGCACGGAAGAAUGCAUUGGAUGUAGAAAAAGAGAGAGCUGCUAAAAUUGCAAGCCUACCGCCUCCUCCUCCUCCCCCCUUUGAAGUGAGUAUUCUUUUCAGAAACUUUAAAAGAUGUUGGAGCCUAGCUGAUUAAAAGUCUCAUCAUAGGGACUAAUGCAUUCCUUUUUUUAAAAAAAAAAGUGUUUUUUUUUUUAAGUUUAAGAGGCCUAGAAGUUGGUUUAUACAAGAACAACAGAUAGCAUGUGUUGAAUGGCAUGACCCCCUACGCUUCCCCCAAGUCUGUUAUGGAGGGUCAGGAUUGACCCAGAACAGCGUGCAGUGAAAGGACAAGAGGGGUGGGGAGUUGCCAUCUGGCAAUCAGAAAUGCUUGUACUGCCAUCAGAAGAGUGCAGUGUUGAAUUCCUCCCAUCGUUCUUCCUGCCUCUGAAAAUUACAUGCUGGAGUUAAUCUCGUGAUAGAUUUCUUUUUCUGGUUAAUAUGUUACCUUUUGAAAUACACUGAUGUAGCAUGUCGGCUAAGAGAGUGAACUAUAAUGGAGAGCCCACAAUUAAAUAUUGCCUAAACUGUACAUGCACUGAGCAAUUUUUGGCAGUCAUUAUUUCUUGGCCUCCACCUAUGAUCUGCACUAUAGGGAUGGCAAGCAGUCGUUGGCGGAGCAAUAGCCGCCUAUUAGCCACACCCUUAUGAGGGGGAUGCAUUGAUGGAGCUGAUCAGUAGAUUUGUACAGCACCUUACCCAUCUCCCUCCAGGUGAAGGGAGAUCAGAAAACCCCCAGUGCCCUGUUAACCUCCUGGGUGGUCGUACUGUCUCCUCUUACUGAGUGGGUUUCGUAAGGGUCAUUGGUAUAUUGCAUGCACAGUGCUUUUAGUUCAUUGAAGAGGUAUUUGUUAGGGAUAUGUAUGUUCCCCAAGAUUUGCCUUGUACUUGAAAAAUAAUAAUUUGUUUAUAAACAGAUCAUUUUUAAUCUGUUUCCGAAUUGCUCUGUUCUCUCUCCACUUCGAUCUGCGUUUUGGGUUCACUAUAAUUGGGAAUCUAAAAAUGCCUAUAACAUUUUGCCCCUUUAGACCAAAGUGGAUGAAAUUUUCAGGCACAGGGACCCUUCCAAAGUGGAUUAAGCCUGCCACACUGCAGACAAAUAUGUCCAGGGCUUCGGUAGGGGAAGUGAAAUGGAUUCACUUUUCUCCAUAAUCGCUAGGGGAUAGGGAGUUUGUCUCUUUUUCUUAUUGUAAAAUAAUUAAGAGGUGACCAGGUGGUGUUUGUUUUUACUUGUACACUUUUAAAAACUCUGCAGCUUCACACUGUCUUUUCAUUUUUGGUGCUUUCUGCUCUGGUAUGCCUGGCAUGUAUUCAAUAGGCCUGACAAUACAGUGGUACCUCGGGUUACAUACACUUCAGAUUACAGACUCCGCUAACCCAGAAAUAAUACCUCGGGUUAAGAACUUUGCUUCAGGAUGAGAACAAUAAUCAUGCUCCAGUGGCGCGGUGGCACCAGGAGGCCCCAUUAGCUAAAGUGGUGCUUCAGGUUAAGAACAGUUUCAGGUUAAGUACGGACCUCCGGAACAAAUUAAGUACCGGUACUUAACCUGAGGUACCACUGUAUGAGGUUAGCUCUGUUUAUCCAUGCCCCCCCCCGCCCAACAAAACAAUGUAGGGUUUUGUUUUUUGUUUUUUAAGAAGGUACAUGAAGCUUUUAACUAAAAAAAAUUCCUUCACUGCUGUGUUUUUUAUAUUGCCUUUCUCUAUUGUGAACUGCCCUGAGAUCUAGGGAUGAAGGGCGGCAUACAUAUUUAAUUAAUAAUACAGUCAUAUCUCAUGUUACGGCCGCUUCAGGUUACGCGUUUGUGGGUUGUGGACUGUGGGAAACCCGGAAGUACCAGAACGGGUUACUUCCGGGUUUCGCCGCAUGCGCAGAAGUGCUAAAUCGCGCUUCACGCAUGUGCAGAAGCACCAAAUCACGCCAGCACAGACGCGGCACUUCAGGAUGCAAAUGCUGCGGGUUGCGGACGUGCCUCCGUCACGGAUUACGUCCACAAUCCGAGGUUCCACUGUAAUAACAAAAACAAUCCCGAGCUCUUCAGUGCUCCACAGACAACAUUUUGGAUAGCCUUAUUUCUGCAAAGCUCAGGGUUUAAAAAAGGAUGAAGACUCUAGGAAAAUAGAGAGGUAUACGGAAUAGAUGUGAUACAGUGACAAAGGCUUUGCUGGGAUCCUGAUUUGACCCAGGGUUAUUGACAUGUUGCUUUGACUUGGGAUGGGGAGAACUCCUGAAUCACCUAUAUUUGUCUUCUUAUUUGACCUUCCUACAGAACUAUGCACACUUCUAGUAUUUAUUGUGCUGAUCUCUAGCUACGCUGCACUUCCAAUUUUUUGGGGGGGGAAACCCCCAAACAUUAGUAUAGUAAUAAUGACACAUAUAUAUUCACACAAUCUUAAACCCUCAUAUAUGGGAAAAUGUGAAGUUCUUACAGACAUGCCUAAAUCUCUCACUUUGGUCAGUUUUGGUGGGAGUUUGGAGACAUCUGUCUUUAGAUGGGUUUUACAUUGUUUGUAAUGGGUGACCUUGUACUGUUCAUGUUCUUGGUUGUUUAGCACAGCCAUCCUAUUAAAACAGUUUUAUUCUUCAAACUUUUCAGAAUAUUGAGUUGAAGAGUGUUUCUACAGUGAAAGUCUGUGAUACUGACACUUUUUCGAUUACUCGCCAUCAUCUCUGUGAUCUUCACCAUCAUCUCUGUGAACCAUAUGUAGAUAGAGAAAUGAACAUAGACCAGGUGACUGAUUUUUACUUUGCAUGUGGCAUACUUUGUGUAACAGCAGUAGCAGUAUUCCAGAAGCACUUGCUGAUUUUUUGCUGUCUGUUGUGGAAAAUUGACAAUCGGCAUUAAGCAUUGGGAAGCACAAAUAUUUGCCUUUCUGUUGUUCAACAGUUGGAAUCCCAGUGUCCUUCUGGAUUAUAGCCACUUUUUUUCUUGUGGGUAUGGAAUUCGUAAGUGGAAUACUUGAAAUUAACGUAUGUCAUUCCUGCAAAAACAAGUAUUAAAACUGGAGCUUUUCUUACUGAAAACCUGUAAAAGUUUGAGACUGUUGAUGCCUUACUUGCAAAAGAAAAUGAAGACAAUUUUUGGUCAUGCUGUUUAUGUUCGUCUAUAUCAGGCAUAGGCAAACUCUGGCCCUCCAGAUGUUUGGGACUACACUUCCCAUCAUCCCUAGCUAACAGGACCAGUGGUCAGGGAUGAUGGGAAUUGUAGUCCCAAACAUCUGGAGGGCCAGAGUUUGCCUAUGCCUGGGCUAUAUCAUAGAACCUAAAUAGCAAGUCCUUAAAUAAGUUUGUUUCACCCAAUUUUCCUUGUUACCAUGCAUGUCUGUGGGAAAUGGAACUUACCUUCUGCAUGAAAGCAGAUGCUCUACUGCUGAACUGCAACCCCUUCCCUCAUUAAAUGAAGUGGAAUAUUUGAAAAUUCAGGACACACAAAAGGAAGCACCACUUCAACAUGGUAUUCAACUGGGGGGAGUGCUGCUUCCAUUUGGUUGGCCAUUGCACAAACAGGGUCCUGGACAAGAUGGGUCUUUGGCCUAAUUCAGCAGGCUCUUCUUAAGUUCAUGUGUUCUCUGCCUCUCAUUGUUUCCUUCUUCCCACUAUUUUGUGUUUAACUCUAGCAGCAGUUUCUCAUUUGAUUAAACCAGAAGCAGGGACGUCAUGCUCUUAUAGCAGGCUCUUAUGGGGUCCUUCGGAGGUCCCCAAUAUAUUCUGCUGCAGUCCUCCCACACCUCACACAAUUUACUGAAUUAUUUUCCAUUCUGCAGAGCUGUUGCCCUUAGUAGGGCACACAGUUGCUGCUCUGUUAGGCUGUGCCACUGAAUCAGUUGCCAGACUGAACAGUACAUUAUUUCCUUAUAGUUUACUGUCUAAUUGAGGUUGAAAUCACAGAGACUUGACAUAUUGUUUGAGGGCCACCCUUGGGUAGUUGGGUGGGGAAGUUAGUCCCAAAUGUAUUUGGGUUCAAUACCUUUUACCUGGGGACACGGGUGGCGCUGUGGGUUAAACCACAGAGCCUAGGACUUGCCGAUCAGAAGGUCGGCGGUUCGAAUCCCUACGACGGAGUGAGCUCCCAUUGCUCGGUCCCUGCUUCUGCCAACCUAGCAGUUUGAAAGCACGCCAAAGUGCAAGUAGAUAAAUAGGUACCGCUCCGGCGGGAAGGUAAACGGUGUUUCCGUGCGCUGCUCUGGUUCACCAGAAGCGGCUUAGUCAUGCUGGCCACAUGAGCUGUACGCCGGCUCCCUCGGCCAAUAAAGCGAGAUGAGCGCCACAACCCCAGAGUCACAACCCUAAUGGUCAGGGGUCCCUUUACCUUUACCUUUUACCUACAAAACUAUACUUAUGGGUAUAGUCUUUUGAGGCACCGUAGAACUUGUAAUUCCUAACUUGUUGCUGGUUGACUCCCAGCCAGAUGCUCGGUUAGUAGCCAAGGUGGAAGCCAAACGGAAGGAAGGACUGCAAAGCAAUGAAGAGAGAGAGAGGAGAGAACAGCAAGAAAAAGCUCGCCUAAGAGGGAAGCAUGCCUUGAAGAUGGUCCGUCUUGCACGGGUAAGCAAAGUAGAAACAUUCUCCCAACAUCAGAUGAGUAAUAAUAGCAAAUUGGGCACUGUAUAUUUAAUGAAUUCAAAGUACAAUCACCUAACCUUUCUCCAGAAAGAUUCUGAAAUAAUGGAUUGUUUAAAGUUCAAGCCCUUAAAGCGUUCGUAGUGCUUAUCCUCAGUUUCUAGGUUCACGGUGUGCAAUGUUCUUUCCACUGUCAAAGAUGAAAUAUAGUUGAACAUUUAGAAAGCCACGCUGAAGUAAUUCAGGCCUCAGGGUAGGUAAGGUUUGGCAUUUGUGGGCGUAAGAUUGAUGAAACGCAAAGCAUUCUAAUAUAUGGGAGAAGAGGGUUGUUGUUUUUAACUGCAUUGUGCAGGUACUUCAGAGUUGAACUUCAAUACAGCUAGAAUUCUUUUCAGCAUGACCUACUUUCACAGAAUGUAGCUACCUAUUCAGGUGUAGUUACACAAAGAUAUAAAGGAGCGGAUCCUGAGUUCAGUCAGUGGAAGGAAGCUUGCAGAAGGAGUUCAUUCUUGCUUCUUCCAUAAAAGCCCUCCUGAAAGGUGCCUCUACUCAGUUUUCAGCAGUUCCCCUGUCUGCCAACUCAGCACCCAAGCAUAAUAAAAAAGUGUACCGUGUUGAAAAUCACAAUGGAAUUAAGUCUAUUAAAGAAAUGAAGGCUUUAAAGCUAAUGUAAAAAGCAGGUAAAAUCAAUGCACUUGUUUCCAGUGUUUCACUUACUUGGGGGUUGUCCUGUAGGUCUGACUUCUAGUGGGUACUAAGAGGUGACAUAUUAAAAAGCCCAACCCUUGUUCUCUCUGCUCUAUAACUUCAGCUUCCUGCAUUUGAGAUUUAUUUCUCGUGGCUGUAUUAAUUCAGCAGAUGCACUAGAAAGCUAGGAUAUUAAGGGGGAAUAAUGUGGGCUUGUCUUCACAGAAUAUUUAAUGGAAUUUUAAUGCACCUGAUGUGGAGAAAGGAAACAGUAUUUCAUUUUAAGUGGUAAUUAACAAAAUAUGCCUUCUGAAAUUAUACACUUAAUAUCUUCAAAUGAAGCUGACGUUUGAUAAUGAAGUAUGACUAAUAAAUGUCUGCAUUUAAUCUAUAAAUCAUGUGCAGUAGAUUACUGUUCCCCUUUUUAAAGGAAUUGCAGGUUGCUUUUAAAGUGGUAUAUUUAGCAGAAAACUCAACAACAUCAUUUGUACUUAUUGAAAUGGAUAGCUUCCAUUUCCCUGCCUACUGUUUGUGUGUGCGUGCAUGCAUAUAUUCAAACUUGUCUGUCCAGCAGAGUGUAAUUUGCAUGAAUAAAUGCCGCUCCUCUAAAAUUAAUUUUAUGACCUGCUAACUGAGAGUCUUCAGAAAGUACCCAACAUUAAGCAAUCAUCAUCAGAGCUUUAAAAGUAUCUUCACUCUGUCAAAUAAACUGGCUUGGUUUGUGUGACAGCUUAUUAAUAGGACAUUUUUUUCUGCUGUUAAAGGACAGGGAAAAGCUAAUGAAAGAGCUCGAACAUAUGCAGAAUAUGGACCUUGCACGCAGAAGACAGAUUGUUGCCCAGAUGCCACCUCAGUUGUUUCAGCCGCCCUACAAGCGUGUGGAAAUCAGGGAAGAAUGGCAGAGAGAGCUGGAGUGUGCCUUCGAAGACAUGUAUACUGGAGACAGGAGUAAGUAUUUAUAAGUGACUUUUGGACUGUUAUGGGGAACCCAGAGAUUCCUUUGCCGCUUAUUGGAGAUUGGAGUAAUGUCAGGCAGUCUUCCCUGAAAGACACAAGCUUGCCCACCGUUAUGUUUUACAUUGGCUGAGCAUAUUCUGUAUUGCACAGUCAUUUUCCAAAGGGCAGUGGUGAAGCCCAGCAGGCCUGGCCAGUGCAUCCCAUAAUCUGAAUGCCUAUUUUGGCAUACACACAAUGCUGUUUAUUGGUUUCUCUGUGGCAGAUUUCAGGGGGGACUUCACUAGACAAAUUGAUUAGGAGAAACAGGAAAUUAGAAAACCACUGCUUUGGAAAGAUCAAUGAUAUAAUCUUCUGUGUAGUCCCUAGCCAGUUCCAUUGGUUUUUCACAGAAGCUCAUCUUCCAUUGAAAACUCCACACCAGCACAGAUUGGGGGAAUAUAGUGGUACCUCAGGUUACAUACGCUUCAGGUUACAGACUCUACUAACCCAAAAAUAGUGCUUCAGGUUAAGAACUUUGCUUCAGGAUAAGAACAGAAAUCGUGCUCCGGCAGCGCAGCGGCAGCAGGAGGCCCCAUUAGCUAAAGUGGUGCUUCAGGUUAAGAACAGUUUCAGGUUAAGAACGGACCUCCGGAACGAAUUAAGUACUUAACCUGAGGUACCACAGUACUACUUUAGGCCUACAGCAGGGUUGGGGAACCUGUGACCCUCCAGUUUAGGUUGGAUUCCAAAGUUCCUUCAGUCCCAACCAGUACAGUGGUACCUCCAGUUACGAACUUAAUUCGUUCUGGAGGUCUGUUCAUAACCGGAAAUCGUUCUUAUCCUGAGGCGCACUUUCGUGAAUGGGGCCUCCCACUGCCUGCACGCCUCUGGUGCGCGAUUUCUGCUCGCAUCCCAGGGCAAAGUUCGCUACCAGGAGCAGCUACGUCCGGGUUAGCGGAGCUCGUAACCCGAAGCGUUCGCAAGGAGGACGGUUCGCAACCAGAGGUAUUACUGUACAACUAAUGGUCAGGGCUGACAGUCCAUCGACACCUGCAGGGUCACAGAUUCUCAAUUUUUGGCCUACAGUUGAAUAUUCUCAGUUACUAGGAUUAUUUUAGGGCUGCUCUGGAAUCGCCAUAUUGCAGCUUGCGCCCCCCAGUGAACUAAUUUUCACAUAUAUAAUACAGGACUUUUUUGGACAGAGCAUCCCAGAUAACUUAUUUAUUUUCCCUACCAUAGGUAGUGUAGUUUGUUUGUAAUGUACUGGUUUAAACUCAAAAACCAUUUCAAUUUGGGGAUCUCUAAGGAUUCUUAGAUGGGCAACACUUUUGCGUUUUUAUUACAAAUGUGAUAUUUACAAUGAAUUCUGGCAUCCAUAUUGCCCAUGUUGCAACUUGUUAUUGACUGAAGUUUCAUUACAUGUUGCUUCACUACAAUAUAAAUUUAUGUUAAGGGAUAGUCAUUAGUGGUAAGAGAAAUAGUUGUUCUUCUGAAUUGGUCUUUAGUGUAAUUGAAUAUCUUGCUUCAUAGCUUCACUUUCCUUGGCACUGUGUGAUUAAAAAAACAUUAUUAAAUGUCUACUGCUCACCUCCUCUGUAGUUGGAAUUUUCAGUAGAGAAUGUUGUGUGUUGGUUUCAUAUGGUCUAAUUUCUUUACACAGAAAUGAAAGGAGACCUUAUUUUGCACCUUGACCCACAGCCCUUGCCAAGUAGAUCUCAAGAUGAUGAGCUGGAACUUUCCCAGGAGCCAGGUUCUGUGUUUGAGGUGCCACCAAGUUUGUCGGAUGAGGUGAAGGACAGUGAGCCAAGUAGUAAGAGAAAACUUGAUUCUUAUUAAUUAAUAUUCACUUAGAAAACAAGUAUGGCCUAUCAGUUAUAUUCACUACUGGAUAUAAGAUGGUAUAAAGCAGCUGUCAAAUGAUAAGGAUAGAAAUAAACAUUGAUGCAUAUCUUGCCAAACACUGGCAUAUGACUCUUGGGUGAUACAAAAUGCUAGUCAUACUUGGAGUAGCCCUAUUUGAAUCAGUAAACUUGAUAAAUUUCAGUGGGUUGAGUUGGAUCCUGCUCAGUGGUUUCAGAAUUGUCUUGUUAACCAUGUGACCUUGGGGAGGAAUGUGCAGUUUGGUGGCACUGCAAAGUCUAAGGUUAUACGUGCCAGAGAUUAAGAGUGCAUGUGGCAGGGUAGAGUACUGAAACAUUUCAUAUUUGUAACAAGAAAUAACGAUUGACCUGGGUUGGCAAACUUCAGCCCGUUUCAUGAGUUUGUAAUCUGUUCAAAAUUCAGAACCUCGGAACUGUAGAACUGGAACUUUGGAACUGUAAGGGACCCCAAAGGGUCAUCUAGUCCAACCCCAUGUGAUGCAGGGAUCACAGCUAAAUAAUCCCUAACAGAUGGCCAUCCAGUCUCUGCUUAAAAGCCUUCCAUCAUGCAGAGUACACCACCUUGCAAAGCAGUCUGUUUCCACUGCCAAACAGCUAUUACUAUAAGAAAGUUCUUCCCUAUGCCUAGUCGGAACAUCUUUUCUUACCAUUUGAAUCCAUUGGUUUGGGUCCUACCCUCUGGAGCAGUAGAAAACAAGCUUGCUCCAUCUUCCAUGUAACAGCCCAGAGGUAUUUGAAGAUGGCUAUCAUAUUACCCUCUCAGUCUCCUCUUUUCCCUCAACCGUCCUAUAUUCGUCACUUGAAAGUGACUCUGGCCUAUGCAGGUCCUGUCCAGUGAUGCCAGGCCUUAACAUAUUGACCGCAUAUGAAUGUCACACCAAACCAUGAGUUUCAUGGGUUACUCUCUUAUAAGAACAGCUUCCUUAGUUUUCUUGCUCAUGCGUGUACUGUUUGUUUAAUUUAGGUAGUGAAGUUGAAAAGCCACGUGAGCCUCAGUCAAAAUUGGCUCUUAAAAAAUUGCUAAACAAGAUCAGGAACCAAAAAGACCAUUGGACAACAGGAAGUGAACCAGAAAUUACAAGUGAAAUUGAAUCAAUUGAAUCUGGAACAAUUUCUAGUAGAGAAAGAAGAUUAUACGACUCCGAAUCUGAGCCUGAACCAAAGAGUGAUCCUGUCUCUGAAGCCAGGGGUAUGUUCGUGUGGGGGUUUUUUGCACUUAGGAAUUAAAACUGACCAUGAUGAUGAGCAGGAUUCAAAGAACUGUGAAACUAAUUUGUGAGCCAAAGGGGCAAACAACAACCACCACCACCACCACCACCACCACCCAUCUGGCUGAGUUUCCCCAGCCACACUGGGCGGCUCCCAAUCGAGUGUUAAAAACAAUACAGCAUUAAAUUAAAUAUUAAAAACUUCCCUAAACAGGGCUGCCUUCAGAUGUCUUUUAAAAAUAGGAUAGCUGCUUAUUUCCUUGACAUCUGAUGGGAGGAUGUUCCACAGGGCAGGCGCCACUACCGAGAAGGCCUUCUGCCUGGUUCCUUGUAACCUCACUUCUCGCAGUGAGGGAACCGCCAGAAGACCCUCGGUGCUGGACCUCAGUGUCCGGGCUGAACGAUGGGGGUGGAGAUGCUCCUUCAGGUAUACAGGACCGAGGCCAUUUAGGGCUUUAAAGGUCAGCACCAACACUUUGAAUUGUGCUUGGAAACGUACUGGGAGCCAGUGCAGAUCUCUCAGGACCGGUGUUAUAUGGUCUCGGCGGCCACUCCCAGUCACCAGUCUAGCUGCCACAUUCUGGAUUAAUUGCAGUUUCGGGGUCACCUUCAAAGGUAGCCCCACGUAGAGCGCAUUGCAGUAGUCCAAGCGGGAGAUAACCAGAGCAUUCACACUCUGGCAAGACAGUCCACAGGCAGGUAGGAUCUCAGCCUGCGUACCAGGUGGAGCUGGUAGACAGCUGCCCUGGACACAGAAUUACUCCUACACCCCUUCAAAUAACUGUUUUUCCUGCCAGGAGGAAAAAAAAAAGCUAGAUUAGGGGACAGGGUGAGGGCACAAACCCCUUCUGUGAGCUGAAACACCUCUUUGGAAGCUGACCAGCAGUGGUGGCAUCAGUAUGACUGUCAUAAAUUAUAAGAGGACUUUAUAUUUAAUUUGUUAUCACAAGAACUAAGUCUAUGCUGUAUUUUUUGUGUUUUUAUAUUGUAAACUGCCCUGUGAUCUCAGAUGAAGGGUGGCAUAGAAAUUAAAAGAAUAAAUUAUAUAAAAUGAUGCAGGGUCUAACAUGAGUAACUAUCCUUAAUCUACUAUAUAGUCAUGUUAUAUGUGUGUCUACUUAGAACUGCCGCAGACACUGGACCAAAGUAUUGUUGCUGGAAAUGUAGUUCUAGAUCACCCACAAGAACAAGCAACUAAACUCAGAAAGGAAGCAGAAAGACAAAACCAGGUAUAACUGUUUUUCAGUCUACAGCAGUGGGGCAGUUCCAUUCUGAUAUGCCCGUGUUGUCCUUCCCUCUGGGGUUGUGUGAAUAAUGAAGAGCAGAAUAUGAAUUAACACCAAUAAGAUGGGGCACUUAAGUCACUAGUGUUUCGAUUUCAAAUUACAGGAAACUGAAUGUCAGAAAACUCAUUUCAAGAACAAUUAAGGCUAAACGUCAAGAUAAUGAAAAAGUCUGAAACACAAAAACACCCUGCUGCUUCCCACAGUGACCUGCACAAUAGCUUUAACUGUUCUCUACCUACACCUGGGAUGGGAAACCCUUUUUGCCUGAGUUUCCACAUUCCCUUCUGGACAGCCUUCCAGGGUCAGAGGCAAAAGUGGGUGGAGCAAUGAAUGCAAAUACACCUUUGUAAAGUACCCUAGUUUCUACACAGACACCUCUAUCCUCCAGGCAAGCAGUUAUCAGAGUUCAAGGGCACAUUGCAGCAAGGCAACAACACACAAGUGGAUGGUUUGGGAGGGGGUGUAGCCUGCCUCCCCACCCUGCCCUUCCUGAGAUUCCUAUCCCUGCUCUACUCAGUGGGGUGAGAGGAAUGGAAACCUACACAACUGAAAGGGCUCUCUCGUUUCUUUCCUUCUGACAGCCAAGAAUAAUUGCUAAUGUAAGCUUGUACUUGCAUGGUUUCAAACUUGUGACAGUCACAAUGCCAGGAAUGCAUAGAAGUCAGUCUUAAAUAUCCAGUUAACUUCAAUUUAAUUUCUAGGUUUCACUCUUCCUUUUCUUAGACAUCUGUGAUCACUACGAUAUGAUUGCAAUAUCAUACAAUUCAAAGCUGUAUUGUAAAGUUAUGGGUGUUAUUAUUUAUUCUCAGUGUUGUUUCCAUAGGUUUAAUUACAAGGAUGCAGUAUAGUUUUUACAAGAAACUUUUGAUGACUAUUUUAUGAUUCUAUAUUUUAUCCAAAUUAAUACUUGUGAUAAAUGUUGUUCUGUCAAAGAAUUUAUUUAAUGGGAGGUUCAUUGUGUACCAUGGAUUCUUUCUGUGACUGACAUACAGAAUUGCUAUUCAUUUGACUAGAUAGAGCACCAAAAGCAACAGCAGUUGGCAUUGCUUCAGCAAAUUGAACACCAGAAAAAACGUCUGGAGGCCGAUUUUCUGAAGGCUCAGUUGCAGCACCAGGAGCAGGAAUUUAAAAAAGAGCAAGAAAUGAAAGAUCAAGAAUCCCAAACGGAACAAGUGGAUAUUAGGGUCCCCUUUGUACACCAGCAGCAGGAAGUACAACAUAAGGUGAAGGAGAAAAGUUGUUUUGUCUGACAUAAUGCUGGAUUUGCUAAUUCUGUGGCUGUUCACAUCAUACUAAGCCAUAGAUGAUGCUUCCGUGUGAAAAUGAAGAUCACUCCUGCCAGCUCAUGAGCAGGAACAACAAACCACAGUUUUCCCCUUGAAAUGGUGGAUUCUGCUCAAAGAGACCAUGAUUCAUAAGCUUUUGCUUAAGAUCGUGGUUUGUUUGGAGCAAAACAAAUCAUGACCCCCAGUUUGGAUGUAUUUAUAACGGUGGAUCCACACCAUACAUGUAAAGCAUAUGGCUACCCUCAAAGAAAACCCACCUCAGUAAAUACUGUCAUAUUGUGACCGCUGUUGGCUUUGAAACAGAAACUAACUGUUCCCCACAGAACUGAUUCAAAUGAUUGCUUUUUGCACAGUGCUGAUAUUUUCUUCAUUUAAUUUCUCUUUAGCUUGAAAGAGCCGUAGAGCUACAGGAAGCCGGCAGUUCUGUAGAGGGCGAUCAUACAGAGGACGAUCAUAUACAGAUGAUUCGCGACUAUCAGCAACGCCUUCUAAUCCAAAACAGGUAUUUUUCUGUCAACACAAGAGAUUCCUGGCUACCUGUUUGAUGCUAUCUUGGCAGUGCUGCUCCUGAAAAGUGUUAUCUGCUCAAAUAUAUAUAUGUCUCUUUUAGGAUGCACAGAGUGUCAGUGGAAGAAGCCAGGAAGCAUCUGCAUGAGUAUCAGAACAAGCUGAAACAGAGAUACCGCUCAGUUUCUGCGUCAUUGUUAGGUCCUGCUAACAGACUUGCACAGCAAGAUUCUGUCCCUGACGCGCCAUCAAAAUUACAAGGAUAUCGUGGUUUGCAGAGAGUUAAUCUAGCAGCGGACCAGCCAUUUGGGACUGCUCCUGUACAAGAGUCAGUUGAGCAUUCAAAACUGCCUUGGAUGUUGGCAGUGCCAUCAUCAGAGCAGGGGGGAACAGAACAACGGUUUGAUGUCGGCAGCGGGCAUGUAGGUACUCUGGAGGGUCAAAGGCUUUUUCAGUUGACACAGGCUUACGGUUCACGCCAACAGACAGAAGAACUGGGCGCAGUGGAGACACCUUCAGCACAGUCAUUGGAAUUUCACAGCAUUCCAGAAUCAUUAACGCUUAAGUCACAGGACACUUCUGUUACAGCUCAGCCGGUGGCUCAAACACAACAUGCCCCGUUCACUUUCCCUGUGGGCAGCUCUUCUGUGUCUGCAGAAACACUCUGGUCUGAUAAACGGACGUCUCAUGCACCUUCAGUGGAGAAGAUUCUCCUCCCAGCAACCUUAAAGCACCAGCACAUACCUCCCAAAAGUUGGACAAAAACAACCUUGGAGCAAUCUAACCUCCCUCCUUUGCGGCCCCUCUCGUCUGUGCUUUCCUUUGUUUCUAGCGAGAGUCAAAAGACCCAGGAAUCCUACGCGUUAAAAAAUGGAAGUGGAUCCAUGCCCGGUUAUUCUGAUAUAGUGGAAUUAAGGGACAGAAUGAUGUCUUCCUCUGAGAGCAUUCAAGCUCAGCAAGAACACUUGAAAGAACUACAAGAGCAGCUAGAUAAGCAAAGGGAAGCUCUUCUUUCUCGGCAGAAGGUACAAGAGGACUUGCUCAUGAAAAAACAUACUCAGCUGAAACAACAAAUGGAACAGCAGCAGGAAGCUUUAAAGGAGUUUAUUAAAAAGGUAUGCUUUUUACAUGGCAUGAAAACAUUUUGAAUGUUUUUCAGUUUAAUUCAGAAUGAGAACAUCUCUUGAUUUGUUUUCCUAAACUUUGAGUAGCUGCACUUUCGUUGCCAUCAUUUCAGUCAACUCUUGUCUAGAGAUGUACAAUUUCUGGAAAUUAUGAAGUCUGUUUUUUAGUGGGGUGAUCUUUUGGGGAGCACUGAAAUGUAUCCUAAAUAUUUCUGUUUUUAAGUAUGUGAAGAGUAUAAUUUACCAUAUAAUUUUGGUAUAUUAAAUUUUAAAUGCCUUUGUUUAAACAACUACUGUGGCAGCAGUGUGAGUUGGCUGUAACAAUAUUUUCAAAGCACAGCUUUUGAAAGUAUUUCACUCAUAACUUUGGGAGAAAAUACCAAUUUCCCCUUAAAGUUAUGAAUGCUUCUAUUUCAGGCCUCAGAAAACAUUUCUGCUUCUCUCUCUCACCCACACACUUCCCAUUAGCUCUAUUCUUGCCACAGUUUUAAAGGAAAAUGUUCCUCCCUUCUUCAGUGUAUUAAUGGAAGAGCAUUUUUGCAAUCAUUUUUUAAUCUUAGCUUUUUUAUUCUGAAUCAGCUCUAUGAACAUAACUGAAAGUCCCUGGAAAAGAGGCAACAUGUGCAGUUCAGUGGUGGAGUGCAUCCUUUGCAAUUUGGAGAUCCCAGAUUCAAAACUUUUAAUAUUUAGUUAAAGGAUCUAGCCUCUUUCUGGCAGACACACUCCUGGGUAGAUGGAUUAGUAAUAAGGCUGCUCCAGUUCUAUGUAUAGGUUGCAAUUUGGUGCCCAUUUACUUGGGAGUAAACCCCAUUAAACACAGUAGAACUUAUAAGUAAGCAACCAUAGAAUUGGUCUAAAUAUCUAAUCAUCUCUUGGAUGUGUGUGAUGCCUUAUAGUGGGGAAAAAAUGCUUGUGUUUAGGUACUCUUCAUUUCUACUUAUAGGCAGGACAGUCCAGCACAUGCAGAGAUAUGACAGAGCAGCGAGAGACUGAUGACUUCCAUCUGCUGCCAACACUAGGAGCAAAAGACAGCAACCAAGAAAUGGUUCACGUUGCUGAUAUGAGCAGUCAUUCUGAAAAGGACAUUUUGUUUCAUAGUGUUCGUCCAAAUGAACAGAUUGGUAAGCACCUUUCGAUAUGUCAGGUUAACCUGCUUUUGUGUCUUGUUUUGACUUCCCUUCUUCCUUCAAAUUGAUCUGACUUGGAACAAAAUAUACUGCACAAGCUUUCGAGCUCUCCAGAACUCUUCAUCAGGGAUUCUAGGAUGAACUGGCUGAUCCCAUUUUUUAAAAAAAGGAAAGCCUGACUGCUACUCAGACCUAUUUCAUGCCUUAAGUGAAACACAGGUUUUCAAAAAGGGGGAUCAGAAUCCCAGGUGUAACCUGAUGCCUGCAGGCACCUAGCUAGUAGGGUAAUAGUGUUUCCCAGCCAUGGAACAAAGGUAAGUAUUGUUUUCCUUGGAUUGCCGAGAGAAUGACAUGCCUCAGACUGAGUAGAAGUGAAAUGUUAACUGGGGAGCUCUUAGUUUGUAGCUCAGUGUUCCAGCUGCUAUAUCAGUUGCAGGUCACCUGAACUUACCUUUACUUUACAGAGCGAUUUCAAGACACCUGGGGAAGAGAACAGACAUGGAGACUUUCAAAGCCGCCUUUGUCAAAAAUAAAGCUAGGGCUCGAUUUGGAACAGCAUGAACUUAGCGUUAUACCAGAACUUGACACACCACGGAGUGGCAGACUUUCCUCUACAGGUAAAUUGUAAAAGUGUGGUGUUGAUCAGAAGUUCUUACAUGGUAUGGCUCAUCCUCUCUUGCUGUAAAAUCCCAAAGCUUCUGACCUUUCCUAGACUUGUCAGAAAUUGUGGAGCAUAAUUCCAAGGUAACGAUUGGCGAACAAAUCCAAUAUCCUCUCAUUAAGUAGUGCUUAGAGCAGAAGGAACCUACAAAAAUACGGUAUUGCCGCUACAAAAUCUGUUAGGGCUGCGCAGCAGCUGAAUCAAGCUCUGUCAAAAGGGAUCCUUUUUUAAUCUUCUAAUUGAAAUAAGGUAUUUUAAAAGUACAGUCAAGUAUUGGUCUUUACUUCUAACAAUUGGCAACUGACACUUGCAGGCUACAGAGAACCUCUUACUGGAGAUACUUGCCUGGCUUCAAGGGCCCAUAAGUGGCAUUCCAGCAUCAGUCCAGAUGAAGAUCUCCAUGAAGAAACAGAUUUAUUAAGAAUUACGGCGGAUGGCCAAGAACCAAGUUCUGAUGAAAGUGAGAUCCAGUUCAGUGAAUUAUGGUGUGAAAAGUCAGCGAUGGAAGCCGGUGGCUUGUGUGACUCGGGUGAGAAGUGUUGCUUUUUGGAUGUGUUGGGGGCCCUUUUGGUUUGCAAUCUGCCUCGUCAAACCUAAUGAUGCUAAUUUAGCUUGAGCCAAAUAUUGUGUCUGCUUUAUAUUAGAUCCAUGGAAAGCUAAUGUGCCAUGGCACUGCUUCUGAAGAAGCCCUAAGCUCCAAGGGGAGGCCAUUACAUCAUUGCACAAUAGCUCCCAUAACAAGUUGAUUCAAUUUGGUGCAUGGGUAAUAUAGCUGAGAGCUUCCUUUGGUCCCCAUUAUAGCACCUGAUGGCAACACAGUGCCCUUCACUCACCCCUCUUGGUGCCUGUUAGGUCCGCUUGCCCCAUCAAAAAAAAAAAUCAAGUUUUGUUUUGGUUUUUUUUAAAAGCGCCUUUUAGAUUUUUGGAUGGGGGGGCAUUGUUUUGGGGAAAUGGUGUUGCCUGUUUUGUUACCUGUGUUUGUUUUGAUAUGUGUAAGUGUUUAGUCCAGUUUUAGGAGAGGGGUUCGUCUGUGAAAUGGGUUUGUUUUUGUUUCUAUUGAUUUAUUUAACCAAUUUGUAUCAUGUCCUUCCUCAUAAAACAGACCAUGUUGCAACAGUGGCAGCAGUUUCUUAGUUUUCCAGAUGUGCCCCCAGGCCCCCAAAGUUUGGGGACUUCUGAUCAACAACAUGGCAGAUUGUUGAGCCGAAGCCGUUUACUGGCCUGUUAUCAAAAGCAGCACCUUGAUUUUCACCCCUAAAAUCAAACUUAUAACGCCAUAAUGUAUUAAAUGGUUGUUAGAACAUUUUCAGCUCUGAAUAAGUUAGGUUUUCUUUCUGUCCUGGUGUGAAUCAUUCUAAGCCCCUGAGAACACUCCUGUUCUGCAGAGCAGUAGCUGGCAUUUCCCAUCAAAGUCUAUGAAGGACAUGCUCUCUGUGUGCAGGUGAGAUUGCAACAUAUGAAACGGGAGCGGAGCAUGUACUCUCUGAUAGAAGGAAGCAAGCCUGGGCAGAAAUGAAGAAGUGGGAAUGGCUUAUGGAAUAAAACCUGUUCAGAUUCAUAAAUGCUUGCUGUUUUCCUACUCUUUGUCAUUCUGAUUUAUUUUAUUUUUGUGUGUUCAGCCCACUCCUACGAACUCCGUCUUAGAGAUCGAGGCUUACCAAGCUCUGAUGAUACUGGAAAGAUAAUAGCUACGUAUCCCGAUCCUUCAUUUAGAUCUGAUUGUAUGGUUAGUCACCACUGGGUUUUAACGUGUAAUACAAUGCAUUUAUUUUAAAUAAGCUUGCUUCCUUUUCUCUAAUCUUUGUGGGGUUUUUUUUAAAAAAAAAUUAUUAAUUGGAACUGUUAAUUACAAACUGGCAUUCAGAUGUGAGCGCUGUUCAUUCUUGGUUUUGCUUUAGGGAGCUCUGAAAAGCUCCGCUCUUCUUCUUUAAAUUUCAUGUCUAGUUUUGUUUUGCAAAAGUUUUCUGGCGACAAAAUACUAAAUGGAACGCAGCACUGCUGAAUAUAGCACCAGUUGCGCAGUCUGCCUCCCUUAUUUGUGGAGUUAAAAUUGUCAUUUAAUUCUCCUUGACGAUUAAAAAAAAAUAAUCUGGAAAACAAGGCAUUAUAUUUUGAAUAGUAUUACUUAUUUUAAAAACCUGACGUUUACAUCUCUUAUACUGCAUAACAUUAGAAAAAGACACAAACCACUUUCCAUUAGUAAAUAAGCAUGACUGUGUCUUGCAUUGCUUCACUUUUCCUCUGAGAGCCUCUUAAUCGGUGACUCUGUGAUGAGAAUUAGCCAAAUCUGAGCGCCUAAAAGAUCAGCUGGUCUGUGCGGUGCAUGAUUUGUAAACUGUUCUGGGAAGCAAUACAAGUCUGAAUUGAGAGCAUGGUGAUUUGUGAUGUAUGGUUCCUGUUGAACGAAUGAGUGAAUGGAACGAGUGAAUGAGUGAGUGGAAUUUGAGUGAACGAAUGAAUGAAUGAAUGAGAGAGACAGAGAGACUUUACUGAGCAAUGAUGAGCCUGAUGUGUACUGACAAUUGAAUACGUGGAGGUUUAUACACUUGACCUGAGCUCAGAACAAAAUGUGUUGCAAUUCCGAGCACUUGGGGUUCUGGAAUUCAUAAUCGUUACAUUUCAUAUGUAUUAUUGCCUUAGGUAACACUUUCUACGGAAUGGUGCCCUUCUUCAUUAAGUCCACAGACAUCUACACAACAGGUAGCAUGUGGCUAUUUCGCUUCAUCUUCGCUUUCUGCUACCAGCUUCAUGGCCAAUUCCAAUCCUGACGGAAGUCUUGCCAAUACAGGUACAAUUUCUUACAAACUGUAAUACAAUAGACUGGGUUUUUCUGUUUACAUGGCUGUGUCCAACAUGAAAGUGUGCUGUGGAGUAGUCUGAAUAAGUUGCACAGUUCUUAAUUAUGGAUCAAAGCAUUUAUUUUCUUGAUUUGCAUGGAAUUUUUUAUGAAGUUGAGCAUGGUUGUGCUAUGUCUUGCAGAGUCUCAUUCAGGCAGGAAACAACCGUGUCAUUUCAGUUCUCCUUUGAAAGAGAAAGCAAAUACUGCUUUGGGUCCUUCAGUUUCUCUGCUGGGUAAACAGGAUGAUCCUUCAGAAGCUCCUGGCUCCCAUCUGUUUGGAGAAAUGUUGCACUCGGAUCGACGUAAAAUUCAACAGAUCAUAGACAAAUAUACAAGAGAUUUCAGCUGGUCAUCUUUAAGCAACAUCUCUUCCCAUGGUAAUGUUAGUAGAAGGUGAAAAAUAGCAAAUUCAGAAGUAUUCAGAGGGAAUGAAUUUGUAUUUUUUUAAAAAAUUAAUUUUGUUUCUUGUCCUGUGUGUUGUCGAAGCAACAUAAUUCUUCUUUAUAAGGCUUUAUAAGGCUUAUAAGAUCAUAAUACUAUACCAUAGCUUGAUAGCAUGAGAAAUAGGAGGUAUAUCUGAAUUUCACGGAACAAAGACCAGUAGAGUCUGCAACAUGUUGAUUCAAUGAACCUCUUUUUUUGAUAUAACCUCCCCACCCCCUUCUGCUUCUAGUUCCUUUUUGGAUUUCCCAUUCUUGUUGCGGUUUGUAUUGUUGGUCAACAGUUUUGUAGCUAUACUAAAAAUACAUCUCUCUAUACCCAUUUCAACCUGGCUUCAGUUCUGGGUUUGGCGCAGAAAACCACCUUGGUCACCCUGAUUGGGAGAAAUGGGUGGAAUGAGGUGCUGACGUGGUUGAUUCUCCUUAGUCUUUACACCUUGUAACUUGGAGCCUUGAGAGUUGUGGGGAAAGCCCAUAGUCUUGCCAAUGACUAUAACCCCUAUAUGAGAUAUAGGGGCUUACUGGUUGGUUAUGGCACUCUGUCUCCUGGAAGUAUGGCUGUCUUACUUGUUGACAAUUUUCUAGCAUCAACUUAAAACACAUUUUUUAAAUUCAGGCCUUUGAGAGAUUGCAUAGGGUUGAGUAUUAUGGCUGUUGCUGCUGUGUACUGAUGGAAAUGUUUUUGCUGUAUAGCAGAAUGUGGAACCUGUGGUCCUGCAGAUAAAGUUGGACUACAACUCCCAGCAGCCCCACCCAGCAUGAUUGACAGCCAGUGGUGUGAUGAGUGUUUGUACUCCCCACAGCAUCUGAAGGGCCACAGGUUCCCCAUUCCUGCUGUAUAGUUUGGGGUGUUAAGAGUUUUAAUAACCAUGCCUUGGGGGUCCUACAGGAUUAAGGGCGUUGGAAAAGUAUGAUAAAUUAAUACAUAUUUUUAAAUGAUUGUGACCAUUUGGUGCAACCUUUUAAUUGUUGAAAGGGACACAGGUAGCGCUGUGGGUUAAACCACAGAGCCUAGGACUUGCUGAUAAGAAGGUCGUGGUUCGAAUCCCCGUGACGGGGUGAGCACCCGUUGCUCGGUCCCUGCUCCUGCCAACCUAGCAGUUCGAAAGCACGUCAAAGUGCAAGUAGAUAAAUAGGUAUCACUCCAGCGGGAAGGUAAACAGUGUUUCCGUGCGCUGCUCUGGUUCUCCAGAAGCGGCUUAGUCAUGCUGGCCACGUGACCCGGAAGCUGUACGCCGGCUCCCUCGGCCAAUAAAGUGAGAUGAGCACCACAACCCCAGAGUCCAUCACGACUGGACCUAAUGGUCAGGGGUCCCUUUACCUUUUUAAUUGUUGAGACUGCUGGAUUGAGUGGAGAUUAUCCCAGAAGACCAUCUUUGAAGGUGUGAAAGCAUUAAAGAGGGUUUAGCUGUUGAUUUUUAAAUGCACGUGCUGCCUCAUUGCCAGUGUGUUUGAUGUGUGAUGUAAAACAUUCUGUUUUGGCAACAGUCGAUUUUCCUUUUAACCUUUUUAAGAUCUGGCGGUCGAUACUACUGACCUUGAGAGAAGUUUUCCAAAUUUCCACCGUGAGCUUUUUAAGCCUUUGGAACCAAGAGCUGACUUUGAUACGCUCUCAACCUUUUCUCAGAACAGCAAGAACCUAAGCAAGGUAUUUCAAAAAGUGUUUGUUCCUAUACAUCACGGGUUAUUACAGUUAAGAACUGAUUACUAUUAUUCUCACAUAAAACCAUUUCUGGUAUUUAUAGUGUUGAAGCAGUUUGUAAUCUUACAAAAUUCAGGGGAAGUAGGGGCAAGUCCAGGAGAUUUCUUUCCUCCUUACCUGGUGGGUGACAAGCUUUAGCGCACCUUACCCCUAGAGGUUAGAUCUUCACAUGGCCUUCUUCUGUGGGAAUGUGAAUUAUCUUCAGAUUACUGCAUAGCCAUGUAAGAUUCCACAGUGGAUGUUAUCAGUUGGCUUGUCAUUUAACAGAUAUAUUACUUGAAAAUAUAAUUUGAAUGUCUCAGUUCUUAAAUUUCUCAUAACGCACUUGGUCUCUCUCUGCCUGCACACAUUUUUCUGUCAGCAGAAUUCCACCUUAUUGAAGAGCCACGAAUUAACAGCUUCCAGCUUGGAAGAAGGAAGCAACAACCUUUCUCUUCUCAGUACAGGAAAACUAAGUGAUAUUCCACCAACGCAACAGAGUGGCAAAGAGGCAAAGGAGCAGAGGCAAGGUAAUUGUUCCGUUUGGUCUUCACAGGACAGAAACUAUUCUGGUUGCUGGUUAAUAGAAUCCGACAAACCAGCAACACCAAAAACUGGCUUAUGAAUAUAAAUAUUCAUAAUAGUCGCCUUUGACUGAACUUAACCGUCCAGGGGUCCUUUACCUUUUACCUUUUUACCUUAUAAUUCAGCAAUUAGUCAGAAAGUCAGUCUCUGGCAUCUCUAGUCAAAGGUUAAGAUAGUAGGUGAUGUGAAAGACCCCUCUCUGCCUGAGAACCUAGAAAGCCGCUACCUGCCAGAGUAGACAGUAUUUGGCUAUAUAGUCAAGUAGUCUGACCUUAUGCAAAGUCAGACCAUAUGCCCAUCUAGCUCAGUACUGUUGACACCAACAGGCAGCUGCUCUUCAGGGGUUCCGGGAAUCUUUCCCAGCCCUACUUGGAAACACCAGGAUUUAACCUGCAAUCUGUUGCAUGCAAAUCAUGUACAGUAUUGUACUAAGCUACAAUUAGUAUCCUGUGUUUCUAACGAAGAAAGGGGAAAAAAAUCACCCCACCUCAUCUUGAAAUUCAGUUCUGCUUUGAUCCAGGUUAGAAUUUUUGUUUUUGUUUCUCCAUUCCAGGUGCCGAAGAAUCGUUUGAACACCUACCUCUGCAAUCUUCCUUAAGAGAGUUUCCACAGAGUGGUGAUAAGUAUGGAUCCUUCAGCGCGGAGUCCGAACGAAACCUUGAAAUGAGUAAAACUAAUGGGAGCAGUAUCUAUAUCGCACCUGAGAGCACACAGUGUGAGGAGCAGGGAAAUGAUGAGAUCACCACCCUUUAUUCUUCCAUUGAAAAUUUCCGUAGUCCAAGCCUAGCAGAAGAUGGAGGCUCAUUUUAUCAGCUAGUUCCAGAUAAUGGAACAAGGAAUAGUGCUCUUGGGGCCACAGAGUCGGAGAAAGAAGGCAUGUCAACAAAAGAAGAGAGCCCGUAUUUUGCCGAAUUACCCACUGCAUCAACUGACAGCAAGUGUAAUACAGUUACAGAAAAGGCAGCUGUAAAUGAGGAUUUAGAAAUUGAUCUCUCUCAGUGUACUUUGCAAACUGUGGGAGAUCAGAGUCCUCUAAUAACAGAGACGAUGCCGAGUUUGACUCCAGAAAUGAACUCUAAGCUCUCAGUGAGCCCUGUGCAAAAUUCUGUGCAGCAAACUGGCAGAGUGCCAGAUGCAUUUCAGCAACCAAAUUUGACUGCCAUGCAUGCUGAAAGUUCACGUUCCUCUUUGUCAAGAAACGUACCAGUCUGGGUGAGUGAACUAAAACUAUAAGUAGCAUGUGGUAUCAAGUUGGGGCUUAGUCUGAAACUGUCCAAAUCCUGCCUUUCUUAGCAUAUUGAUGAAAGUAGAGCAUUGACCUAAAUCACAGAGAGCCAGCACAAGGUCUGUGGUUUACCUGUGAGCCUUCUGAAAUGCCAUCUGCGGCACCUAAGCUUCCGUUGGGGUUUUUGAACUUUCAAACAGGUGUAAAGGAAUUGAGCUAAAUGUCAAGGUGGCUUGGCAUCUCAAGUGCUGCAACAAUACUGGCAUGUGUGAUGUCUGUGCAAAUUAUAUUAAAUCAUGCACAUCCAAAACAUAGCAUUCUGUCAUUCUAAUUUCUAGGAAACACAUACAGGGCAAGGGAUUAUGGAAGAACCCGAGUUGACUCUAAUAAGCUCCAAUGACAUCAGCAUUGCAGAAUCAGAUUUGGAAUUCUUUGGACAAGCAGAGAGCAGAAAGGAGAAAACCGAAAACUUGUCUUACGUUGAUCAUUCUGAAGCAAUAAGCUGUCCCAUGGUAAACAUUUUGGUUCUUCCCCCUUCCCAAUAGACCCAUUUUCUGUGGGUGAGGUUAUUGUUGUCUUUACUAGUUUGCAAAAAGGGAUAAUCCGUGAAAUUUAAAUUACAGCAUGGUUUGAAUUUGCAGCAUUUAUUUUUUUAUUAAUAAACAAACCGAUUGCUUGCCCUUCCUCAACAGGUCCUAGGGUGGGUUACAACAUUUUAAAAUUCAGGAUUAAAAACAGUUAAAACAUAUUACAUUCAGAGAUGUGUCCUGAACCACCUGUCUCAGAUGCUGAAAGCCGGGGUCAAGAGGUGUGUCUUCUGCAUUUGCCAAAAGCUGUAUAAUAAAGAAGCCAGAAGCACCUCGGUGGGGGUGGAAUUUCACAGCUGCCACAGAGACCGUCCUCUCCUCUUCUGGGCCACCGAAUCCAAACUUCUGAUGGAGGUGGAACUACCAAGAGGGCCCCCUCUGCUGACCUUAAAAACCAGGAGGGUCUGUAGGGAAGGAGACAGUCUAUCAGAUAUUUAGGUUUAACAAGAUCCUAGCUAAUAAACUGAACUUUGAAAAGGGCAUGGAAUUAUGUGCAACCUGAGCACACAUCUAGCAUAGCUUUGGAAGCAAUGUGGUUUAUAAUAAAGAUGUAUGAUGGAAGAGAGAGGGAGUGUGCUAGAGAAGUCUUUAGCCUAUUGGGUUUUAAGUGUGUGCAUGAUUGCAUAGGUGUGUUCUUGUCCUGUUUAGCAAUUUCUUUGAGCUUAGCCUCUCCUUCUUUGGACGUUUCUCACCAGCCCAGCAACAACCCGUGGACAAGUGCACAGAGAUGCUUUUGUAGUAAUAAUAAUAUCAUAAGUUAUUAUUUAUACCCUGCCCAUCUGGCUGGGUUUCCCCAACCACUCUGGGUGGCUCCAACUAAAUAUUAAAAAUACAGCUGCCUUCAGAUGUCUUCUAAAAGUCAGAUAGUUGUUUAUUUCCUUGACGCCUGGUGGGAGGGUGUUCCACAGGGUGGGCGCCACUACCAUGAAGGCCCUCUGCCUGGUUCCCUGUAACCUCACAUCUCGCAGGGAGGGAACCGCCAGAAGGCCCCUGGAGCUGGACUUCAGUGUCUGGGCUGAACGAUGGGGGUGGAGAUGCUCCUUCAGGUAUAUAGGAUCGAGGCCGUUUCGGGCUUUAAAGGUCAGCACCAACACUUUGAAUUGUGCUUGGUAACGUACUGGGAGCCAAUGCAGAUCCCUCAGGACCAGUGUUAUAUGGUCCCGGAGGCCACUCCCAGUCACCAGUCUAGCUGCUGUAUUCUGGAUUAGUUGUACUUUCUGGGUCACCUUCAAAGGUAGCCCCACAUAGAGUGCAUUACAGUAGUCCAAGCGGGAGAUAAGUAGAGCAUGCACUACUUUUGCACAGUUGUGUGUAUGUAGCCAGCUGCAGGAGUGUGAAAAGUUGGGCCACAGAUUCCGGCACUGCUAUUCCUUAGGGGGACUUAAUUAAAAUUAAACAACAGAUUGGAAUGACAGAGCGAGGGGAGGAGUAGUCAUUCCCACCAAUUCAGUAUGGAUCUAUGAGAAUCCUUUGGAGGGGCAUUCAAGCCUUCCGUACUUUUGCUGUUUGUGGGAGUUAAGCUGCUAAGACAAAUUCCAUCUCGUUGCCCCUUCCUGUGCUUGUGUCUAUUCCACCCUUUGAGCCUUUGCUAUACAGUGUCCGGUACACACACAAUACUUGUGGUGUUUAUAGGUUCCCCCAGUAAGUUUUUUCCUCCAGCCAAGCCACUGGAAAGCUACGUCAACUGUGGCUUCUUGUGCCCCUUCUAUUCUCUAGCUGUUCUGUACAUGCUUGGAGUCCUCUGUGUUAAGAAUCAUCGCACUGCUUGAGAUCGAAUUUGUAUCUCAAAUCCAGUGAAUUCCAAUUUAAAACACAAUUUCUACUUCCAUUUGGUUUUUAAUUUUUUGCAGUUCCUUUUGUAGCAGUACUUUAUUCCUCGUAAUGAAGUGACAUUAAAGUUUACAAUCAUCACGUUACUUAUUACAGCCAAUUUUACUCUCUUAGCAGAGCAGAGAAUUUUUACCUUUAAAUUCAGAAGUGGACAACUCCAUUUGCUCUCAGCCUGACUAUCCAUUAGCAGCUUGCAGCACCCAAGAGGAUUCUUGUCAAAGCUCCAAACAAGAAGGUAGGUGUGCAGUAGCUUCAGCAAAAGGACAAGAGCUGAGGCAGCAUAUCAGCUUAUGUCAAGAAAAGAAUGAUGAAUGCUUAGCUAAUGAUUUAUCCGUCUUUUCAGGAGAGCAUCGUUCUCGGCCGUGCAAAGACCAGAAAGGCACAGAGCUGUGCUCUGCAAAGCCUUUAUUAGACAUGUUCUUGCCUUCUUGUGGGCAAUAAAAUGUUAUUUUUAGUGCAUUCUGAAUUAACUGAUUGUAUCCCAAUCUAGAAAUCUACAUGCUUUUGGCUCCUUUGGUUACAUUUUCUUCCCUUCUGUAGAAACUGGUUGGUGAGAAAACAUGUGUUUUCCCCUUCACUGUUGUGAGUGUCUGAAAGGCAUGGCUUAUGCUCACCAAUGGGCCUCUUAAUGUUUCAGUUUAAUUAUUUUCUUCUUCAAUAAGCCGAGAUAGAAUAAUUAGAUCUGUGAAAGUUUAAAAGCUGUCGUGGAUAUGUACUAAAAACCGUACUCCCACAUGAUAUAUGGUAAAUGAAAUAAGGUCUCUCAAAUAACUUCAUGAGUAGAGGUUUCACCUUCCCUCCCCUACAGCACUGUUGCCAGAGUUCACGUCUGCCACCGAGAGCUUGCAGGAAGCGUUUUUCAGGCGGAAGAAAGAUUUCAUUGAGAGAUCCUGUAAAAGAGUAGAGAAGAUCAAAAGUAGAAAGCGAAGUUCUGAAAAGCCUCUGGCUCAGGCAUCUCAAGAGAAAGAAGCCCAUCUUCAUAAACCAAGAGAGAACUUGUCGCCUCCUGGUAAUUUUAUUAGCAAGCCAUUCAAAGCUUUAGACCAGAGAUACCAAGCAAGGAAUGGAAUAAGCCGAUAUGUUUUCUUCUCAUAGUUAUUGUUAUUAAGGGGCCUUUCCCCCUUGAAAUACUCAACUACUUAAGAGAUGCUUUACAAAGUAUUCUGCUCACCCUGGGUCCUUAUAGAACAAUCAGUUGCUGGGGAGAGUGUUGGUUGCUUCCCAUGGGCAUUUGGUCAGCUGCUAUGAGAACAUGAUGUUGGAUUUAGAUGGGCCAUUGGUCAGAUCCAGCAUGCCGUUGUUAUGCCUUCCACACUUUGUUCAGUGUGGGUUAAAAAUUCAAACAUUGCUGCAGUCCAUUUCCUAUUCCAUUGUGAAUGAAAAAUAUAUAGUUGCUCUGGGGAAAAACACUGCCUAUUGAAUGUGGUCUCAUGAACUUUAUGUUAAACUUAGUGUGUUCUGGUUAACUCCAAGGUGCAGCACCUGUUCAUUUGAAGAAAGUAGAAGACUUUAAAGUGUGUUCCGCAGAGGACAGGAAGGCAGCAGAAGCACAGAUGUACCAACGCACUUCAAGGUAUUGUGGGAGCCACAUUGGGCAGAAACCGAACUAGUUUAGCUGAUCAAGCUACUUGAUUUUUGCUUGAAGAAGGCCUCCCUUUUAUUUUGAGAAAUUGACUGAUUUCCCCCUCCCCUCCCCUCCUUAAAGCAAAAACAUGGGGUGCAUUCAAAAAGCAUCCAACGUAGCAACAAUCCUCAGCUGUCAGUCACAGGUGGGUGAGGCUGCCCAUCUGUCAAAUACAUGGCUUUGCAAGUCUCCAACCACCUCCCCUUUUAAGCUGUGUCUUGGAAAUUUAAAAUGGGAGGGUCUGGAGACUUGAAAAGCCUCAUGCUCCCAUUUCAGAUUGAAACAAUAGCUGCCUUAAAACCCCUCAUUAUUCAUAAAAGUGCCUCAUUAUUCAUAAACACUGAAUCUUACUAUUUUAUUGUCUAAUCCUCCUUCUGGAGAGUGUUUUGGGCAGUCCACUGCUAAUGUGCACUUUUUAUAACCUUUGGGCAGAUUGUAUAAUAAUCUAGCUGAAGUGAAAACCAGAAAGCAGGAGAGAGAGCGACGAGAAAACUAUGCCAAAAACCGGGAAAGAGCCAAGGCAUUUCAAAAGGUAAAAUGCUUGCAAACUCCAUGUGGUUUUGAAGCAGGGUUUUUUCAACCCGAGGCAUGCAUUCUCUCAUGGACAACCUUUGGGGAGGAGGGAGGGAAAUAUCAGUGGUAAGCAGGGCAAGAAGUGGGUGGAGCAAUAGCUUGCCUUUGUACAGUAGCCUACAUUAUUGCCACACAAGGAUGGUCCCCUGCACUCCCCUCCAUCAUGGCAAAAGGACAUUGGGGUGUGGCCUGGGGAGUCCUGAAGGCUGAAUAGAGAAACCAUCCAGCCUCCAGGUAUUUCUUACCUGCUUAUUGCAGGAGUGAUCCCAGAGUGCAUGACAGCAGAAAAUGCAAACAGCAUUUAAAAUAAUCGUAACAGCAAAAUCAGCAGAUCUCACAAUGGCCUGAACAAUUGGGAGGGUCUUCAGUUGAUGCUGAAAACUCAGCUGUAUUCAAAGAGAAAGGGAGUUCCACAAUCAGGGCACCUGCCUCAAGAAUGCGACAUGUACAGAAUGUGGCAUUCAAGAGGGCCCCAUGGAACAGAUGGGCAGGUCCAUAAGGGAGAAGAUAUUUAGGGCCUAAGCUGUAUGCACCAAAAUGAAAAAGCAGCUGCUGCUACAUUAUUAUUCUGUGAAAUCUUAAGAUUUUUGCAAGCGUAUGUAUGACUUUUUAAGUUAAAAUUGAGAAAUAUUCUAGAGCUCUUUAUUAGGGAAAAGAGCCCAUUGAUUUAUCCUUGAAACCUAUUGAGUGGGUUAUGUGCAUCUUAUUUGCUGAUUCUCCCUAGCUGACAGUUGACUUCCUCCCAUCUCAAUACAGAAAACAUUGGAAAACCUAAGAGCCAGAAAAACAACAGCGAAAAAAUAAUGUUCUUCAGAAGGGACUUCCAGGUGGACUAAUUCUUCGCUGUAAAGUAAAAAAACGACUCAAGGUCACCUUUGUAAAUAUAUGAUGUGCCAGCCUUAUAUAUAUUACAUUCAAUUUGGAUAAUUUGCCAAUAUGGCCAAAGCUGUAUAGAGUGAAUUGCCAUAUUUUCUACAAUUAUGACUUUUUAAAUCAAGGAAUUUUUAAAAAAACUUUACAUGCCCCCCUUGCUUUUGUAUCACUUUGUUAUUUAUAAUAAAAUUUUAACAUCUGG